AUGGACUCAGGAGUGCAAGUUGCUGAUGAAGUAUGUCACAUUUUUUAUGACAUAAAAGUUCAUAAAUGCUCCACAUCAGAAGAAAUCAAGAAAAGAACUGUCAUUUUUUGUCUCAGUGCAGACAAAAAGUGCAUCAUUGUAGAAGAGGGCAAAGAGAUCUCAGCUGGAGAUAUUGGUGUAACCAUAACUGGUCCUUUCAAGCACUUUGUGGGAAUGCUUCCUGAAAAAGAUUGCUGCUAUGCUUUAUAUGAUGCAAGCUUUGAAACGAAGAAAUCCAGAGAGUAUUGUUUGUUUGUUUGUUUGUUUUUGUGGGCACCAGAACUACCACCUCUGAAAAGUAAAAUGAUCUACACAAGCUGUAAGGAUGCAAUCAAAAAGAAAUUUCAAGCAAAUGGACCAGAAGAUCUCAACUGGGCUUGUAUUGCUGAAAAGUUAGAUGGGUACUUAAUUGCAGCUUUUGAAGGAUGCUCUGUGUAG